AAUGCUCUUCUAAGUCACUAUAAUACGUGUCCCGCUCUGAAGGAGUUGGAGAGUGAUUAUGUGGUUGAUGAUAGUAUUGUAGUUGAAGCUCAUGUCAAUAUUUUUAAAGACUCUCCUUGCGCUGAAGACAAAAACCAAAAAUUAUUUCUAUUGAAUCAGACUGUUAAAAAUGUUUCGAGCAUUAAAGAAGGAGCUGACUAUUGCACAAAAACAGAGAAACGAUUCAAUAUUCCAUGGAGACUACUGAUUCAAAGAAGAAAUGGAUUUUUUGGAUUAUUAAUAUGCUGUCAAAAGGAACAAUCCAAUAGAAGAAACUGGACUAUUGAAGUGGAUUAUACGCUAAAACUACUUUCCGUAAAUGGUCAGAGCUUAACUUCCAAUGAUUCAUACACUUUCAACGGGCCAAAAGGUCGCGGCCGGGAUAAACUUAUAAGAUGGGAUGAUAUGCUAGAGAAGUAUAUGGUGAACGACAGUAUUAUAAUUGAAGCACGUGUUAAGAUAAUUAAAAUGACUGGAUGUGAAGAGGAAAAAAGUAUCGAUGAUUUGGAAGAUGACUUCUCUGAUUGUGUGAUCAAUGUCGGAGGACAGAACUACACUGUGAAAAGACAAUAA